AUGAGUUCUGACCCAAAAGACAGUUGCUCAUAUUACUUGAACCUAGGGGGCUUCCUAACUGAGUCCCUUAUCAGCCCCAUCUGGUAUCUGGACAUGUUCGGUUUCACAUCAAACGUCAGAUUCAGAGACGGUGAUGGUUCCUGCCUCAAGAUGUUCUUGAACUUAUCAUUCAUGAACUGGUCAAAGCUUGAGUCAUCUGGGAGCUUCACCUUGCGUCUUGCAAUUACUAUCCUAGAUAUCCAGGGCAAGGCACAGGACCGUUUAGUGGGAGAGAAGAUCUACAAAUAUGAUGGGAAUAAAAAGGAUAUUGACGAAUGGUGGAAAGAUCUUUUUACUGUGAGAUUAAAGCCAAAAGAAAUGAAAGACCAUGGGUUUUCGGCCGCAGACUUUCACACUUUGGUAAUCAAAUUCGAUGCAGCAAUAAUAUAUUAA